GUGAUUUGACUGUGAGUGCUGCGUGGGAGCGGAUCGGAUCAGUAGAUAAGGAAGCUUGGGCGAUCCCACAUGGGAAUCCGAUCCCUGAGCACGCGCGCCUCACCCUCACCCCCCUCUUCCGGAGAUGGCUUCCUCGCCUCAGCCGGCUUCGGCGGCAGCGGUGGUCUUCGCGGUCAACGGCGAGCGCUUCGAGCUCCGCGACGGCGACGGCGUCGACCCGGGCGCCACCCUCCUCGACUUCCUCCGCUCCCGCACCCGCUUCACCGGCCCCAAGCUCGGCUGCGGCGAAGGUGGGUGCGGCGCGUGCGUGGUGCUGCUCUCGACGUACGACCCGGCGGCGGACGAGGUGUCCCACGCCGCUGCGACCUCGUGCCUCACCCUGGCGCGCGGCCUCCACCACCGCGCCGUCACCACCACCGAGGGGCUCGGCAACAGCCGGGACGGGCUCCACGCCGUGCACGCGCGCCUCGCGGGCUUCCACGCCUCCCAGUGCGGCUUCUGCACGCCCGGGAUGUGCAUGUCCCUCGCCGCCGCCCUCGCCGGCUCCAAGGGGCCCGGGCCGCCUCCGCGGGAAGGGUUCUCGAGGCUCACGUCGGCCGAGGCGGAGCGCGCCAUCGCGGGGAACCUGUGCCGCUGCACGGGGUACCGCCCCAUCGCCGACGCCUGCAAGAGCUUCGCGGCGGACGUGGAUUUGGAGGAUUUGGGGCUCAACUCCUUCUGGAAGAAGGGGGACACCAACGUCUCAAAAUUGCCACCGUACAAGGAAGGGAGCAUUGGUACGUUUCCGGAGUUUCUCAAGGCUGAGAUCAUAGCCUCUUCGAGGAUUGAUAAGUGUACCCUGACGCCGGCAACGGCGGGAAGUGCGAGCUCUUGGUUUCGACCUCGGAGUGUGGAGGGGUACUAUAAGCUGAUAGAUUCCGACCCAUUCAACGGAAGUGGCACAAAGGUUGUUGCGGGCAACACUUCUUCUGGUGUUUACAGGGAGGCAGAGGUGUAUGGUAGGUACAUUGACCUCAGGGACAUCCCAGAGCUGAAUUCAGUAUGCAUGGAUGCCAAGGGUGUUCGUAUUGGGGCCGCUAUACCGAUCUCUUGGGUUAUUGACAUUUUAAGAGAAGGUGAUGACUGCAAGGAUGUGGUCUUUGGUAAGAUUGCUGAUCACAUGGAGAAGGUGGCUUCUCAUUCUGUGCGAAAUACCGCGAGCUUGGGUGGAAAUCUGGUAAUGGCGCAAAGGGACGAGUUUCCCUCUGAUAUUGCGACCAUUCUUCUUGCUGCUGGUUCGUCAGUGUGCAUCCAGGUAUCAUCACAAAAGCGGAAUGUCAUGUUAGAUGAGUUCUUGGAGAUGCCACCAUGUGAUUACAAGACAUUGCUUUUAAACAUUUAUAUUCCUCGUUGUACUCCUGACAGUGUCUUAUCAAGUGCUGGGACUGUAAAUAUAGCAGGAGAUAAGACAGGAAGUUCUCUGCUAUUUGAGACGUACCGAGGUGCGCAGCGUCCUCUUGGAAAUGCAAUUGCUUACCUUAACUCCGCUUUCUUUGCUCAAGUCUCUUCAGACAAAACUUCAGGAAGCUUGAUAUUAGAAAAUCUACGUUUGGCUUUUGGUGCAUAUGGAACCCAGCAUGCUAUCAGGGCUAGAGAUGUUGAGAAGCUCUUAGUUGGUAAACCCAUUAAUGCGUCGGUCCUACUUGAAGCAUUUAAAGUUCUCAAGAAAACAAUUGUUCCAAUAGAAGGCACAAGACAUUCUGCUUAUAGAUCAAGCUUGGCUGUUGCCUUUCUGUUUAGUUUUCUUUACCCAGCAAUCAAAGGAAAUGUGAAGCCUACGAAAGCGGUCCAUCUAAAUGGCAAUGUAGCUUCUGGUACAAAUGGAAUGCCAAAUUGUGGACCCAGUGCAAAUGUGGAUGUUUCACUUAACGGAACCAAUAGUGUGAAAUCUGGUUUAUAUAGCAAUGCCCAUAUACUUGAAUCUUGCAAGCAGAUUGUUGAAAUCAGUAAAGAUUAUCUCCCAGUUGGCAUACCAACCAAGAAAGUUGGAGCAGAACUCCAAGCUUCUGGGGAGGCUGUAUAUGUGGAUGACAUCCCUUCUCCGGAGGACUGCCUUUAUGGGGCAUUUGUAUAUAGCACAAAACCUUUGGCUCAUGUGAAGAGCAUAGAGCUCGACUCUUCUCUUGAGCAGCUAAAAACUGUGGCAGUUAUCACCGUUAAAGAUAUUCCAAAAGGGGGUGGCAAUUUCGGGGCCAACACUAUAUUUGGACCUGAGCCUCUGUUUGGCGAUCCACUUACUCAGUGUGCCGGGGAACCUCUUGGUGUCGUGGUUGCAGAAACACGGAAUUUUGCCAAUAUAGCUGCCAAACGAGCUUUAGUUAACUACAGCACAGAAACUUUGGAUACCCCAAUUUUAUCAAUAGAGGAGGCAGUCAGGAGACACAGUUAUUUUGAAACCCCACCAUUUCUUCUUCCGCAAAAGAUUGGUGAUUUUCCCAAAGGGAUGGAAGAAGCCGAUCAGAAGAUCUACUCAGCUGAGGUGAAGCUUAAUUCACAGUAUUACUUUUACAUGGAAACACAAACUGCUCUAGCCAUACCUGACGAGGAUAAUUGCAUGGUAGUGUAUAGCUCAAGCCAAUGCCCUGAGGCAGCACAAAAUAACAUUGCACAGUGCCUCGGUUUACCUUGUCACAAUAUUCGCGUUGUCACGAGAAGAGUUGGUGGUGGCUUUGGAGGAAAAGCUGUUAGAUCAUUACCUGUGGCGACAGCGUGUGCACUUGCAGCAUUUAAACUACGUCGUCCUGUUCGAAUGUAUCUUGAUCGCAAGACUGACAUGAUAAUGACUGGAGGUCGGCAUCCUAUGAAAAUAUGCUAUUCCAUAGGAUUCAAAUCAGAUGGAAGAAUCACAGGAUUGCAUGUAGAUUUGUUCAUAAAUGCAGGAAUGAGCAUGGAUGUUAGUCCGAUUAUUCCUCACAAUUUCGUAGAGGCACUGAAGAAAUAUAACUGGGGUGCCUUUUCCUAUGAUGCAAAGAUCUGCAAAACAAAUAUUGCAACGAGAUCUGCAAUGCGGGGCCCUGGAGAAGUGCAGGGUUCUUAUGUUGCUGAAGCUAUUAUCGAGCAUGUGGCGUCAGCUCUCUCUACUGAUGUUAAUUUGGUCAGGCAGAGAAAUAUUCACACGGUGGAGAGCCUUGCUUUGUAUCACGGUGAGUGCAUGGAAGAUGCCCUGGGGUAUACACUUCCCUCCAUCUGCAAUAAAUUGACUGCAUCAACAAAUUACCAGUAUCGUUUGGAAAUGAUCCAGACCUUCAACAAAAGCAACCAAUGGAAAAAGCGGGGCCUUUCUUUUGUUCCAAUAGUGCAUAAAGUGUCAUCUCGACCAACACCGGGGAAAGUGUCAAUUCUUAAUGAUGGAUCUAUUGUUGUUGAGGUUGGAGGCAUUGAGUUAGGGCAGGGGCUUUGGACAAAAGUGAAGCAGAUGGCAGCAUUUGGUCUUGGACAGUUAUGGGAUGAUCAAAGUCAAGACCUGUUGGAAAGAGUAAGAGUUAUUCAAGCAGACACAUUAAGUGUGGUACAGGGAGGGUGGACUACAGGGAGCACCACGUCAGAAUGCAGCUGUGAAGCAGUUCGACGUGCUUGCAAUAUUAUGGUUGACAGACUGAAAUCACUCAAGGAGCAAUUACAAGAAAAACAAGGCAUGGUUUCAUGGGAUGGACUGAUUUCACAGGCAAAAAUGGCUGGUGUGGAUUUAUCAGCUAGAGAAUACUACAUUCCUGGUGCUUCUGGUUCCUAUCUGAACUAUGGAGCUGCUGCUAGCGAGGUAGAGAUUGAUCUUCUUACUGGAGCCACUACGAUUUUGCGUAGUGAUCUUAUAUAUGACUGUGGUCAAAGCUUAAAUCCUGCUGUGGACUUGGGACAGGUGGAAGGGGCCUUUGUUCAGGGAAUUGGUUAUUUCAUGAGCGAGGAAUAUGUGACCAAUUCGGACGGGCUGAUUGUCUCAGAUGGGACUUGGACAUACAAGAUCCCAACUGUUGACACCAUCCCUAAACAGUUCAACGUUGAGCUGCUCAACAGUGGAUUCCACAAGAAGAGAGUGCUCUCUUCAAAAGCAUCUGGGGAGCCACCUUUGCUGCUUGCAGCUUCGGUUCACUGCGCAACAAGAGAGGCAAUUGCUGCAGCAAGGAAGGAAUACUGUUCUGGGUCUGGGUCUUCUUCACCCCCCUUCUUCGAGUUGGAAGUUCCUGCAGUCAUGCCUGUGGUGAAGGAGCUGUGUGGCUUUGAAAAUGUGGAGAAAUAUUUGGAAACUCUGCUGGCUUCCGAAUAAUCAAACAGACAGUCUGAGCAGUUGGCAGGCAAAUUUUACAGACCAUUGGAGAAGUAAAUUAUAAUCAUAGCAUUAUAGCAUAGACUUUUCAAUUUUAACUGUACUAGUGCAUACUAGGAGGCUUUGUAUCUGUAUGUUUAGGCGUCAUUUGUCAUAUUUGCCCAAUAGUUUUAUGCAAUUACAGACGAUUGCGGGCGUCCAUGCUGGCGAUGGUCGGAACAAGCCGGCGUGGCUGCUGGAGGAGGCUGAAUCGGAGCCGGGUCUGAAGAUAGUUUCAUCAGCUGGAAGUUCUGAAGUUCUGCUAAAUCACCUGGAGAUCGAGUUGGUGGCUGUCAAAUGUUGAUAUCGCAGCUUGUUUUGCUGGUUUUGUUAGCUGUGCUGGAUUGUUUGGCCGAAGUGCUGGCACUUGUUUUAGUUGUUUUGUGAUGGGUUACCGUUAUCUCUUGCAAACCUGUAGCAGUUUUUACUUUUUCGUAUUUCAUUUCAUUGUAUGACUUUAUGCUCCGUUUAUGCAUUUGAAUGUAGUGCGGCCGGGUGGGGAUUAAAAUUACAGUACA